UUCUAGCGCAAAGGAAGUGUAGUCUGUAGCUGUCAAAAAUUUUUGCUUGUCAUUAACCUAACUUUUUGUGUUCAAAAUACUUACUUUUAGUGAUAAAAAUACGUUGUAAUAAUGGCAGAAUUAUUUAAAUUUAAACAAAAACCGAACUUGGAGGGUUUCACUUUAAUUGUACCCAGUGUUUCUGUCGGAAAUGUGCCUCAACUUACAAUCGACUUGUUAAUAACAACUCUGAAUUUCAAGAAAGCAGCCACUAUUUGGCACCCCGCUAUCGUUUCCUCCGUUGGACCAGACCCAUAUCAAGCAGACGGACCAGAAAUAUGUACAGCAUGUGAAUUAUAUGUUAAUGAAGACUUAAAACUAGCUCUCAUUCAAUUACGAUCCGCUGUAAACAUCAAACUUGCCACCAAGUUUUUCUCAUGCUUAAAAAAUUCGUUUACGGAAUUUAAAAUUAAAAGCAUUGUAAUUCUCGCAAGUUCUUUUGAUUAUGAGUUGCAUGUGGUUAGUAGCAACAAAUUUUAUUACAUCAGUAAUCAAGAAAUUAGUGAUGUUAUGAAAAGUUUGAAUGUGAAACCCAAGGAAGUGGAAUUUAAUGGUAAAUACUUGGUUCAUGGUGCUGGUUUUGCAGUAAAGUUGUUCGAGAUGUUGGAGAGUAAUUUUGAUUGUACAGUUUUGAUUGAAUAUGUAUCAGAAGGUGACAACAGACCUGACGCAAUUGCUUACAUAAAUGUGUUGAACAAGUUUGUUAAUGGCCUUAAAAUGUGUAAUGUAUCAGACAUAAAAUUUCCAAGUUCAUGGAAUUGUGUAUUUGGAGGUCCUCCACCUCUCGGGAUUUACUAAUAAAGAUUUGAAUAUUUUCAUUAUAAGUGCUUUUGUAACUUUAACUUAAAUAUAAAUUGUGAACAGUU